AAAAAAAAAAAAAAAAGCGAGGAGAUCUGCCGGGCCAGGACACCUCAAUUUGCACUUGCGCACAGCUCCUCUCCUCUCUCUCCCCGAUCUGAUCGGACCUCUCCGUUGUUGGUCCGCACAACUCAUAAGAUUCUAGGGUUUCCUCAUCCCCUAAAUUCAAACAAAUUUCAAAAUCGAAAUUAGAUAUCAAUUCAAAGCAUUUCAAAAAAUUUCUUUUGUAACAUUUUCCCAAAUUUUCAUUUACAGUCUGCUCUACAUUCAAUUCAAAACUCAGGAGAGGAGUUUUGGUGCUGAUUGGUGGCAGUUAGUUUAUAAAUUUGUUUGAUUUAUUUGGAUGAGAUUCUCAUUUUUUGGGGAUUUGGAGGGUUAAAAUGGCAUCAGCUCAGGUGUUGCCGACCUCACGGAAACAGGAGCAUCUCGAAGCCGGAAAGCGGCGGCUGGAAGAGUUCCGUAAGAAAAAGGCAGCAGAGCGAGCCAAAAAAACUGCAGCCACUAGUCAACCUCUUGCUGCCGAUGUUAGUGUAGAUCAGAAACAACCUUUAGAGGCUGAACGUGUAAGGAUUACAGAUUUAGAUGGAGCCGGUACAUCUAAUGGACCUGGCAGAACUUUUGAACCCUAUGAUGGAACUGUUAACAAUGACAACAACAUAACUAAUAUCACCCCAAAACCUGAGCAAAAUUUUUCAAAAGAUGAAGAAGCUAAUCCUCUCUCAGUGAGUGAUUCCAAGGCACCUUUGGCAGAUCUGGUGCAGAGACACACAAAUAAUCAUGAUUUUAAGAGACAUGAUUCUUCAGGAUUUUCUGGAGCUGCAGAUUUUAAUCAUCGUCAAGAGACAGAUGAAAUUAUUUAUGAUGCCAACACAAAUGCUGGAAGACAAGUUGGAGUACCUUAUGGGAUAUUGCCCAACCAUUUUAGUGCUCCAUUCUCGCUAGAAGGUCGAGGUUUUGAUAGCACUUAUAAUCAGUCUACUCGAUUCCAGGCAACAGAAAACAAUAUUUUUUCAAAGGGUUCUGCAUUUACCUCACCUCAAGAUCCUGCCUCCCAACUGAAAACUAAGAGUAGUUAUGCCAACACACUGGCCACUGGUGUGGAUUUUUCUGAGCCUAAUAAUUUGAGAGGGUCUAGUGUUGAGGUUGGGCAAGGCAUUCAUGGCCACGUGCACUUCAAUGGUUCCCUAAAUUCAGACUUUGGAGAAGGAAGCUUUAGUGUCAUAACUGGUGGUUUCCCUAGUGUGUAUAGUAAUACUGUGCAAACAUCCAAAUCAAUUGCUUUCAAUUCAGAUGUUAGGAGCUCCUCAAAUCAAGUUGAGCUAUUUUCAGGAACAUCUGAACCAAGUUCUAGGAGAUCUCGUCCAUCCUUCCUUGAUUCGCUCAAUGUUCCAAGAGCUUCUUCAGGGGCUUCUUUCCAAAGUGCUGAACCACAGAAGGAAUCAUUUAUGUCCAAUGCCUUAAAAUCAAAUGGCAUGGAUAGUAUACGAUCAUCUGGCUUACAUGAAUCAUCUGUGCUGACUGAAUCUUUGGAGCAGCAUCCGACGAAAGUUUCGGUCCCCCCUGUUAACGGUGUUGAUCCAAUGAUGCUGAAUGUUAAUGAGAAUAGCUUGGACAGAAAGCAUGAUAUUUAUUCAUCUAAACAAAAUGAAGAUUUUGCUGCAUUGGAACAGCAUAUUGAAGACUUGACACAGGAAAAAUUCUCUUUGCAACGAGCCCUUGAAGCUUCUCGUGCUUUGGCAGAAUCUCUGGCUUCUGAAAACUCAUCAUUGACAGAUAAUUAUAACCAACAGAGAAGUGUUGUCAACCAACUAAAGUCAGACAUGGAGAAAUUACAGGAGGAAAUUCAGGCCCAUUUGAUGGAACUUGAGUCGGUCAAAAUGGAAUAUGCAAAUGCUAAACUCGAGUGUAAUGCUGCUGAUGAACGUGGGAAAAUUCUGGCAUCUGAGGUUAUUGGUUUGGAAGAGAAGGCACUCAGACUACGUUCUAAUGAGCUAAAGCUGGAGAGGCAAUUGGAGAACUCACAUGCUGAAAUCGCGUCAUAUAAAAAGAAAAUGUCCAGCCUAGAGAAGGAUCGUCAGGACUUGCAAUCAACAAUUGAUGCUCUUCAAGAAGAGAAGAAAUUAUUGCAGUCAAAGUUACGGAAAGCUUCAGCAAGCAGAAAUUCUAUUGAUGUUGGGCAAAUUCCUACUAAUAAGAAGGAUAUGUCAACCUCUACAGAAGAUUUAGAGGCCAUGCCUGGCAUUUCUAACCAAGAAAACCAUGAUACUACUACUUUUAUUGGAAACGAAGGUUUUCCCAUGCCACCUGAAAAUGAAGAGUCAAAUCUUGAAUUUUCCUCUGUGCAUAUUCCUUCAGAUCAAAUGAGGAUGAUUGAAAACAUCAAUACUCUAAUUUCUGAGUUGGCAUUGGAAAAAGAAGAGUUGAUACAAGCUUUGGCGUCUGAGUCAUCUCAUUGUUCCCAGCUUAAGGAUUUAAAUACCGAGUUGUCACGUAAACUUGAGGUUCAAACUCAAAGAUUAGAGUUUUUGACUGCUAAGAAUAUGGCAAUUGAGAGUGCUCCAGCAAGGUUACCCGAUACCCGUGGCACACAGGAGAACCCUACAUAUGCAGAUGAGGGUGAUGAGGUGGUUGAAAGGGUUUUGGGUUGGAUAAUGAAGCUAUUUCCUGGAGGGCCAUCAAGACGGAGAACCAGCAAACUUCUUUGAUACAUUUGUCAGGAUUUUGCUCAUCAAAUGGAGAUGCUCAAUUCUGCCACAAUUUCCUCUCUGCUCCCUUAGUGUUGGCAAUACGCCGGAGGUUGUAAUCUGUAUAUUUCGAGUAAUUAUACCAUCCAUUCGUUUGUAAGAGAUGAAAAAUUAGGGUUCUUUUAAAAGGCCUUCUCAUUAAUUGGCAAAUCUAAUUGUCAUUUUUUGAUUGAUGACAAUAAGGGUGUCCCUUUUUACUGUAAUUUGGACAUUUAAAUUUAGCGGGACGUUGUUUGGCUGUGGAAGGAUAGAAAGCACUGCUAUAGACAAAAAUAUGAGUAAUUUUUAGUGUGCUUUGUUGUUUUAA